AUGGACAAAAAGUUGGAGGCUCUAGGAAGAGAGUUGGCAAUCCAGCAGGAAUUGAAAAAGAGCUCCCAACAGGUAGAUACUCUCUCACCACUGGCCGAAAUUGAAAAAAACGAAAAACUAGAGGCAGGAUUAGAAAGGAUCCAGCAGGAGUUGGAAAAGAGCUCCAAGCAGAUGGAAGAUACUCUAUCAAAAAUCGCGCAAAUAGACGAAAAGCUAUACACUCAAGGACGACAGAUAGAGAUCCAGCAGGAGUUGACAAAGAUCACCCACAUGCGACUUCAAAGAUUGUUGGUUUUCGAAAAAAUUGGUUCCAAAUACUAUUACAUAGAAAAAAAAAUUAAAAUGAACUGGAGCGAUGCAUUGCACAAAUGCCGUGAGAUGGGAGCUCAUUUGGCGAGUCUGCAAAGCGAGGAUGAGAUAAAGGCACUCUACAGGGUGCUGCAGCCAAACCAGUGGUAUUGGAUAGAUUUGAACGAUAUAAAAAAGGAUAGAGAGUUUAUUUCGGCCACCACUGGCUUGCCGGGAACAUUCUUUCACUGGAAUGAGAACGAACCCAAUAACAAGGACAACUCUGAACACUGCGUCGAGCUAUACACAUUCACAUCCACCUCCCAAUCGUUGAUGAACGACCAAUCGUGCAGUGACGGAAAUUUUUUUAUUUGUCAGACAUCUUGGGAUAAAAUACAACAUAAGACGACUCAGAUUAUAUUACAAUAACAACAAAAAUGUUAAUCCCUCUUAAACUAGCGUGUGAAUUGAUUAUUUAGUUGGGCCGAAAUCCCGGCGGUACUGCAAUACCGGGCCAACCCGCGACAGAGGUGGAGCAAGCCCCUAGCACUCC